UCCAUCCAAGCAUGUCUGUGGAAAAUGUGGCAAGUUCUCACACUCCUCCAUCUCAGCUGCUUGGGAGGCAGCAACCUGGUGACGUCUUCACAGUGGCUUUCCCAGCUUCAUUGUAGCUUUCACAGCAACAACCACCUGUCGGAGAGUUUCCAGAAACAGCUUCAGAACAUGGAGUCUCAGACACAAAGUAUUUCUAUCACUUCUGCUCCAUAUAGCCAGCUCAUGACAUCUCUUCAACAGCAGGAAAACCAAGUGUAUCAACGAAUAGCAGACCUCAGGAAAGAAGGUUUAUGGUCCCUAAGGCGUUUGCCCAAACUUCAAGAGGCUGCAAGACCGAAAUCUCACCAGGAUUAUCUACUGGAAGAAAUGCAAUGGAUGGCAACUGAUUUUGUUCAAGAGAGAAGGUGGAAAACAGCAACUGCUAAGAAGCUGAUCAGAAAUGUGGUGCGCUAUCAUGAAGAUAAGAGACUUCAUAAGGAGAGAAGCAAGAAAGCAGAACAAAAUCGACUGAGGCGCAUUGCUGCUUCUGCUGCUAGAGAAAUUGAGCAUUUCUGGUCCAGCAUUAAACAGGUGGUAGAAUUAAAACUGCAAGUAGAAGAAGAAAGAAUGAAAAAAACCUCAAAUGUACAAGAAAUUUCAAAAAGAGGUACAUGGCUAAGUACUAAAGCUCUCCCUGAGAGUUCAUUAGAUUCAGCAAUAUCUGGGAGAAAAAGAAAAGCAACCACAUUGCUUACUGAUCACGAAGUUUUAGAGACAGAUGAAGAGAAUGCUGAAGUGCGAAAUGCUGAAAAAGAAAACGUGGGUCAUCAAACUGAGUUGACUGAUUUAGCCAAAGAAGGUAGGAAGAUUGUUUGUUUGUGUAUGAGGGUUUUUUCUUUUUCCAGAAUUCUUAUAUCCCAAUGGUACAGGAAACCUCAUGAAUUUUAUUGCUUUUGUUCAGAAAUGGAAGACUCUGUAAGUGAGAGAGCGAGCCCUCUGAAGGAAGUAGUAUUCAUAGAGUCACUCCUCAGAAUUGAUCAGCAUGAGGGUACAGAGAAAACAAGUGCUGCAAUGAAACACGUGAGAGACAUAGUAGAGGUUGCUGCUGCUGCAGAAGUGCUGUUACCUAAAGAUAGUGCUCAGAUCACAACGGAAGUAAAAGGUGAUACUCCAUCCCUGUUGUAUGGGACUCUUAGAGAGUAUCAGAAGAUUGGGCUGGACUGGUUAGUGAAGUUAUAUAAGAAGAAUCUCAAUGGUAUUCUGGGAGAUGAGGCAGGACUUGGCAAAACUACGCAAGUUAUUGCCUUUUUCACACACCUGGCUUGUAAUGAAGGUAAUUGGGGUCCUCAUCUUGUUGUUGUAUGGAGCUGUAACAUACUGAAGUGGGAGAUUGAACUGAAACACUGGUGCCCUGGGUUGAAACUUCUUCUGUAUUUUGGCAGUCAAAGAGAACUUAUAGAAAAAAAACAGGAGUUGAUGAAACCCAAUAGCUUUAAUGUAUGUAUCACCUCAUACAAGCAACUGUUUAAAGGCCACCAAACCUUGAGGAAAAUGCGAUGGAAGUACCUAGUUGUAGAUGAUGUGCAGAAAAUUAAAAGUCUGACUGAGAAGCACUGGGAGGCACUCUUCCAUCUCCAGAGCCAGCAUCGUUUGCUCCUGAUAGACACUCCUUUGCCCAACGCCUUGAGGGAGUUGUGGACCAUGCUGCAUUUUCUAAUUCCAGGAAUUUCCAUACCUUACCUGGAUUUCCUGGUGAAAGCAGCCAAUGAGGGGACCCAAGAUUAUUGUCAUAAAGUGGCUACGAGAUUGCACAGAAUAAUUCAACCAUUUAUUUUGCGAAGAUCCAAAAGACAUGUUGAAAAACAAUUACCAAAGAAAUACGAAUAUGUGCUGAAAUGUCAUCUUUCUAACCGGCAGAAGGCUAUGUAUGAAGAUGUGAUAUUAAAACCAAGAAUCCAAGAAACUCUUAAAAAUGGAAACUUUGUCAGUGUCCUUCAUGUUCUGAUGCAGCUCCAAAGGAUCUGUAAUCAUCCUGAUCUGAUAAAACCCAGGCUUUCUGGCUCCUCCUAUGUAUCAGAGACACUGGAAUAUACAACUGCUUCUCUAGUACUAAAGGUACUAGAAGGGGAUCUUUGGAAGGAUUCAGACACAAGUCUCUUUGAUCUGAUUGGGGUGGAAAACAAAAUGACUGACUAUGAGGCAAAAGUGCUGCCAAAACAAAAGGUGACUAGAAAGCUUAUUGAAGAGAUCUACAGCUCCCCUCAUCCUUCAGGCAGACCCAACCCAGUGAAGCUCAAACCAAGCAGGUUAUUUCAACCAGUGGAAUAUGGACAGAAACCUGAAGGUAGGAUUGUAGAUUUCCCAAAUCCUCUAUCAUGGCGUACAGGGAAUACAGUAACGGUUAUGGCAACACAUCAUGGGAAAAGACAAGGAAGAUUGCCUCUUGCCACAUUUUCAGCAAAUCAUAAUGAGAAAGGUGACAAGAUAGUAAAACUAAGCCAGCUGGCCUCCACAGCUGGAGCACAAGGCAAAACUAUUCAGCCAAACAUGCCUAUAACACUGCAGUUUAAAGGGAAAACAUUUACUUUAUCUUAUGGCCAACUCUGCCAGCUUACUGGAGGGCAUCUUCGGCAACUUCAAGGAAGUGUUCUUCACAUUGUUUCAGUGCCAGGCUUGCGGUAUUUGCAAUCUCAGUGGCCAGUUAGCUUGUUGCCCCUCUAUCGUGCUGGGGCUGGGACUGUUCAAGAUACUGGCUUCCCAAAGCAUUUAAAGCAUCAAGCAGAUGUGCCAACGUCUACACUAGUAACACAGCAUAUUACCAAUUUGGCAGUGGAUGAUCCAGAAACUGAAUCAAAAUCGGUAUCUACCCUAGAAUGUCCAACACAGACAGCGUUUGAGGAAAGGAACAAGCACCUAAAAGAGCGCCUGGACAGAAUAUUUUCUGGAAAUGAGCGACGUUGUUCCAGAGUCCCAUUGUAUGGCAGAGACUUGUUAGGCAUUUGCUCUUUGAUUGGUGAAAAAAAGAUUCCUCAGCAGAGUUCUACCAGGGACAACAAAUGGAGGUGGGCUGGUUUUGUGAACUGUUGCCUUUCUUCAAGUGCCUCAGGAGGCCAAAAUGAUCCACUGCAAGCCCUGAUCCUGACAUCGGAUCAGCGACAGGAAUCCCUAAAGGAUUAUAUUAAUAGCACUCUCUGUGUACUGCCGGCAGCAGUUGCUGCUCCCGCAUAUUUGCGUGUCGGAAAUCCUCCCCUUUCAUAUAGGCAUGGAAUGAAAAUUUUCAAGCAGAAUCUUAAAGAGCAGGCAGCUCCCUAUUUACAUCAGCUACAACAGAUUACAACUUCACGCUUACUACAGUUCCCUGAUCGCCGACUGGUGCAGUUUGAUUCAGGCAAAUUGGAAGCUCUUGCUGUCUUGCUUCAGAAGUUGAAAUCUAAAGGACACCGUGUGCUGAUUCUAACACAGAUGAUUCUAAUGUUAGAUAUACUGGAGCUGUUCUUAAAUGUCCGUUUUCUCACCUACAUAAGAAUUGAUGAAAAUGUCAACUAUGAGCAAUAUCUGGAGCUGAUAAAAAGAUUCAACAGAGAUAAGCGAAUCUUCUGUGCCAUUCUUUCCUCCCACAGUCCUUCCAUGGGUGGCAGUCACAUAGAGGCAAACACUGUUGUGUUCUGUGACACUGAUUUAGAUCCACUGAUGCAUGCAAAAGCUCAGGAAUGGUGUGAUACAAUUGGGAGAAACAAAGACAUCCACAUAUACAGGCUUGUAAGUGGUAAUUCCGUAGAAGAGAUGCUGUUGAAAAAUGGCACUAAAUGUUUGAUUAAAGAAGUAGCUGCUCAGGGAAAUAACUAUCCUCUGACAUUUUUAACACAGCAAACUGCUCAGGAGUUAUUUGAAGUCCAUUCUUCGUUAGAGGACCUUGAUUUCAGAGUCAAAGCUGGGGAGUUUGUGGUUCUUUCUGAGAAACCUUCCCUGGCAGAAACCAUCUCGCCCAAAGUUGCACGACUUUUUGCAGAGGCUCUUAGCGUUGAACAGAGAAAAGAGGACCUUGGAAAAUAUGCACAAGAGGCAAGAAUUGAGUCAAGAACUGAAGUAACUUCAGAGUUACGCUGUCCAAGAAGUAUUAAGGCUCCGUCACAGUUAAAGGAAUUGGAUGACAUUAUGGAUCUGCUGACGCCAAUUGAAAAGUAUGCUUUGAAUUACUUGGAAUUAUUUCAUGACUACAAUGAUCAGGGAAAGCAGAAAGUCAAUGAGGAGUCGAAAACUGCGAACAGAGAGUGGGAACUCAAUCAUAUCAAGAAGCUGAAGGAAAAGGAAGAUGAAAUGCAGUGGGAAGAGGAGGAAGAGCUCCUAACCUACACUAGGCAAGAUGCCUAUAACAUGGAAUAUGUCUAUGAAGACCCAGAUGGGCAAAUAGAAAGAAUGCCAAUUUGGACUCCCCUUACUCUGCCUCCAGAUCACAAUAACGUCUACAUUGAUUCUGUUACAUGUCUGAUGUAUGAUUCCACACCAAUUUCAGAGUCUAAGCUGCCCCCUUUGUAUGCCAGGAAGGAGAGUAAGCAAUUCAGAAUGGAUCCAUCUGCUGCAGGUAGGAGGAAUAAACAUCGUCAUGGAGAGGUGGCUAUUCCUCGGUCACUUUUUCACCGAGCGACUCCAAGAAUGUUGAAAAUGCGUCGAAAGGGUAACAAGCAGAAGACCAUCCUGCUGAAACAGCAAACAUAUUUCACAAAGCCUUUGCCUGCUGUUGUCAAACAAGCUGCUGAGGCUGGACGGGCAGCAGCUGGACAGGACAAUCCUGAGUGGCUGAUUAGUGAAGACUGGGCGCUGCUACAAGCAGUGAAGCAGUUACUGGAGCGUCCUUCAAAUCUUGCCGUUAUGUCACCAGUGCACAUACCCAAUUGGGAUCUUGUUAGUGACCUUGUUAAUUCCUAUAACCAAGUUUAUCGUUCACCAAAACAAUGCCAAAAUCGAUAUGAAAAUGUUAUUAUUCCAAGAGGGGAAGGAAAGAACAUCAAUAGUCACCCUGUUUGUACCAGACAGAUCUAUGCUGAAGACCAGAAUGCUGCAUACACGCAACUUUACAUGAGUCACUUUGAUUUAAUGAAAAAGAUAGCAAGAAAAAGAAGUCCGUCAGUUAAACCUCUGUAUGUUUACUUAAAGCCCAUAUCAUUUACAUGUUUUAAAUCUGAUAAAAAUGUUGGUUCAGGCUCAGUCACAGACUGUGGCAGUGUCCCAGUCACCGCCUGCUGGUCACCACACCUGAAUGAUUUCUGCAGCAAUGGCUACAGCUCAGGUGAUCCCCCAGAAGCCAAUAGAGGAACAGGUCCUGACAAUAGUCUCUCUCCAAUCACUGACUCCAGGUGUACAGAACUCAGCAGCCUCAACCAAAAUUAG